GAAAGAUGCGAGGCAAGCACAUGGGCUGCUUUAUCGACAGCAGAGAGUCAAGGAUCCUUCGAGGCCAUGCAACACAACUGAAGAGAAAUUCUCCUAGCAUCUGUUGUGACAUCUGUUAUCAGCGAGGAUACGUUUAUGCUGGAGUCCAGUACGGCAAGGAAUGCUUCUGCGGAAAUGAAGAGCUCCCUGUGAAGUUGAAAGCAGCUGAAAGCUUUUGCAACAUGCCUUGCUCAGGGGAUGAGAGAUUGAAAUGCGGGGAUUAUCUGCAUAUGAAUGUCUAUCAGACAGGCUUGGCAAAAUACGUCCCAGUUGCCCUUAAAGGCCCUUCCACAGCGAAUGACUCUGCAGUGAGAAUUGCAUUCAUCCUUACGAUAAAUGGACGUGCUGUGAGGCAGCUCAAGCGGAUGUUCAAGGCCUUGUACCACAAGGAUCAUUACUACUUCAUCCAUGUGGAUUCACGUCAAGACUACUUGUAUGGGGAGAUGCUGAAGUUAGAGCAGCAGUUUGAUAACAUUCAGGUGUCGAGGUACCGUCUGUCGACCAUCUGGGGUGGUGCAUCGCUCCUCACUAUCCUACUUCAUUGCAUGGAACAAGUGUUGCUUAUCAAGUCCUGGAAGUGGGAUUUUGUCAUCAACCUGAGCGAAUCAGAUUAUCCCAUCAAAACAAAUGAAGAACUAGUCCGCUUCCUCACCUCCAACCGGGAGCGUAACUUCCUCAAGUCACAUGGCCACGAUACAAACAAAUUCCUCCAGAAGCAAGGACUGGACCGGACCUUCAUUGAGUGUGAGACACACAUGUGGAGGAUUGGCGAGAGACAAAUUCCAAUGGGUGUUCGUGUGGAUGGAGGGAGUGACUGGCUGUGCCUGAAUCGGGACUUCGUAAAUUAUGUGGUAAACAGUCAAGACCAGUUAGUCACCGGGCUGAAGAAAGUCUACUCAUACACUUUACUUCCUGCUGAGUCCUUCUUCCACACAGUCCUACGAAACUCGGAGUACUGCCAGUCCUUCACCGACAAUAACCUGCACGUCACCAACUGGAAGAGAAAGCUCGGAUGCAAGUGCCAGUACAAGCACAUCGUUGACUGGUGUGGCUGCUCCCCCAACGACUUCACGCCUGGCGACUGGCCCAAGCUGGAGGCAUCGGUCUCUCGCAAUCUUUUCUUCGCCCGCAAAUUUGAGGCAGUGAUCAGCCAGGCCAUCAUCAAUCAGGUGGACGGAUGGCUAUACACACCCUAUUACACUUCUACACCAGGGUUAGACAGCUACUGGGAGAACAGGUAUCACCACGAUGACCGCUACACCAGUGGCAGUGAUGUGGCGCUCACUCUCUAUAGCUCUGUGGCAAGACUAAGUACCCGCACAGUGACUCAGCUCAUCAGUUCCAAGCAUAGCAAGUGCAGUUUGUAUGCUACUGGAGUCCUACAGGCACACUCAUAUCAUUCCAAUGAUGAGUUUAAGGGUCAGCUGGUGCAGUAUGUAGGGAAUGUAGAUGGCCAAGGUACUUUCCAUCUUGAGACAUGGGUCUUCCCACAUGUCAAGUAUCGACCACUCUUUAACCAGCGAUAUGAGAGGCUUUUGAGCAUUGAAGUUGGUACGGACUUUGAUGUUAAGGAGCAAGUUUUCCGCAACUUUGGCAUUCCCUUUGGGCCCAACAGCGACGUAACAAUUGUUACGCGAUGGGGAGCGGGUAUCAAUGCUGACGGGAUGCCGGAAGAAGGUAUUGAACAGCCCACACUGGUUCUUAGUGAUCCAACUGCGUCUGUUGCAGCUGGAGAGGAAAUCACAGUUGAUACAGGAGAACAGGUUGUAGCCCAUACCUUUGAGCUGAGAAAACCACUUUUGCCUGGGUCAUGGAUGGUUUGGGUGUUGGUUGACAACGUGAUUGUAGCGUCGCACACUUUCCUCGUCCUCCCCAUGCAGUUUGUUCAGGGCCGCCAGAUUUCAGUUAAGGAGGCUAAAACUCUGCAUAAGGGACCAUCUGAACCUUACACGGAGGAAGAUGUGAGCCACUACAGUGUCCUAUUAAACCUGGGCUAUCCCGGUAACAGCUCGGCACUGGAGGUCUCGGCAACCCACGCCCUCCUCUACGGACCCCAGCUUUCCAAGUGGAUUGAUGAACUAGUCACAAGGUUCUACACAGUCCAAGAUACGUGUUACAUACAGAGCGACCAUGUGCCCGAGUGUGUCCGUGCGGAGCUCGAUCCUUGCUCAAAGACCAACUGGAGCUCCUUCUCACCUGACCCCAAGUCUGAGCUUGGUAGUGUGGAUCCCAAGACUGGGAGGCUCACUGAUGCAUACCGUAUUAGUGACAACUUCAGAUAAGAUCUGGAGAGUGUUUUUUUAGGGACUUUUGAGAGUUGUGUAUGCUUGAAUGGUGUGUAGGGCCAGAUGUUGUUAUGUGAGUUAAAUAGAUUUAUGUACUAUAGUUAACUUCCUGGUGGAAUAAACAAAAAAUGUGUAAAAAUGUAGGAAGGAGAAUUGAUUAAUGAGUUCUUGGUAAAAAGGUGUGUUAUUGGGACCAUUGUGUGCAAAGCAGAAUGAGGUAGAAUUUUUUUUUUAAUUUCUGGUUUAAUUUUUUUUUCAACUUUAAAGGCCCAUUUCCCAAGUGUUUGUGUAAAGAGGACAGAGUUUGUGUUCAGAUUUCCACAAGAAGGCAUUAAUUUCUGCAGCUUUACUUUUAUGUGUGAAUACUUUUGAUGUUCCGACAAGUGAGGAUGUAGGCAUUCCUUAAAAUUUUUUGAGUGAUGUUUUUUUCUAACUUGUUUGAUGUGAUUAAUGGAAAAAAUGUAAGAUAUUGGUGACUCAGAUGAUAUUUUGUAGGUGCUUUAGGUUUUGUAGAAGGAUUCAUUUCUAAGAAAAAAAAAAAAAAGAAAAAAAAAAAAAAAAAAACAGCCCUUGCAGCCAUAUUGUUGAAAUGCAAAGACAAACAAAAACUGCAGAUAUUUAGCAUGCUUAUGUUUUACUGAUCUGGUUGCCAUAUAUGAAGGUUAGGUUGUGAAAAAUUUAAACUGGAAGUACAUUUUAUUAUAUGCUAUAUGAAGAAGUGAAGUGGUUUACCAGAAUUGAAAAUUAAUUGGGCUGUACUGUUGGCUGUUUAAGAGUGGCAGUAAUUGUUUAAAAGACUUAGAGUCCUCAUCUCUAAUGAAUAAAAGUGUUAGCUAUUAUACAUUACUGAAGAAUGUGAUACAAACUUGACUUUUAAUUUGGCUGCAGUUAGUGUUUGCGAUUAUUUGCUCAUUUUUAUUUGAUGCUUUAUAUUUUUGCACGAUGAGUUUAUUUUUCUUUUAGGACAUUUAAUUUACUGACAAUAUAUAUGUGGACAUUUUAUACUGUAUGAGUUUUAGAGGUAGAU